AACCAAUACGCGAUGAGCGCAGCAUUAUUGAUCGUUUGCCAUCAUUGACUUGGGCACAAAGAACGAAGAUGCACACAGCUUAGAUCCCUUUGCAUUCGGACAGGUGGUAAACGGGACCAGAUGUGAUCAGACACCGAGAGAAUGCUGCAAUCGCGCCGAUACCAUGGAAAGCUGAUGAAAGAGCUGCCGUCCACCACAGAGGACCAGCGAUACCAGUAUUGCCGCUCGUCACAAUGCCGCCGACCACCCCCUCGCAGUCGAAUAUACGAGCUUAUGUGCGCUGGAAGGAGCCGACUGUGUACGCAGGAGAGGAGAUUGAAUGCAUCAUCACGUUCAAGAACAUAGCCAAGCUGUCGAGCCGAAGGAAGGACAAUGAAGUCAAUGGCAACGGCAACAGUACCACCCAUAGCAGGAGGACUUCGCGAGUACUUGGAUCAGUUCCGCACAGUAGAAAGAGCUCGGCUCAAGUCAGCAAACCAGUCCCGUUGUCAAGAGCGCCGUCCACCACCGCAGCCAGCACAAAGGGAGGACCUCUUGGCCGGAGCCACCGACCUACGCUCUCCUUGAAUGUGGUUUAUGCAUCUUCAAGAGGAAGCAAUGGACCCCCGAGCUCGUACCAGGCGCCAACACCGGGCAGUGCAAAACCCGGCGCAGGUCAUGGAAGGAGUGUGUCCAUCAUGUCAAUGGGUAGUGAAGCCGUGAGUGAGGGAAGGACACCCACUGCUCUUCUUGGUAAGAGGCCUGUGAAAGCGCAUGGCAGGAGUGCGAGUCUGCAAUACACACAUACACCAAGCUUGAGCGCGCAAUCUCCUGCCACCCUUGGGAUGCUCUCGCCGCGUCAACCAUCACCUCUCUACGAAGCCACUACACCUACGAUAGAAACAGAUCCGUCUGGACAAGCGAUACCGAUCAGACCAGGGCGGAGAAGACCUGGUACUCAUUCAACUGGCAAUACGCCACAACUUACAAGGCAAAGCAGUCUGAGAAAACAUGCAAGUGCGGAAGAGCAAGACAAAAGCAGUUUCAAGGACUUCAAGUUUCCAGCCUCGCCUCCAAUGAGCGCAAGCACACUACCGACUGCGGAAUCUCAAGCAGCGAAUAGACUAAAACUGGGCCGCAGCCCUUCUACAAUGCAUUCAGGCAAGCGGCAGGUCUCACCGCGACCACCAGAGGCGUGGCAAGCAGGUGGCGCGAGCAGUUUGAAUCCCUUAUCAAGAGUAAUGUCAGAAACAUCGCAAGAAGGAACGCCUCGGACCAGCAGCGAGUUCUAUGGGAUGAGCAAUCACAGCGACGAAACUUUGACUUCGGAAAUACCAUCCCAACAGACCUUUGGCCGCCUACUUCCAAAGUUCUCGCACUCACGACAGGCUUCUCGAUCGCCGCAAAACAAACCUGCGGAGCCGGAGACUCUCAUGAUGGCUUAUGCGCAGACGAUGGGAAGUUUUACUCUCGAUGGUAGUCUUGUCAAUGCUGCCCCAUUUGAGGAGGUGAAGCGUAAAGGUGUCCAAGGUGGAGGCGGCGUAGUAGGGGUCGAACGGUCGAAGCGCUCGUCUGGCCUGUUUGGCGCUCUUGGCUGGGGUAAUAUUGGCGAGUCUCUAGGUGGAUUACUGGGCGGCGAUGAGAUGAGCUCGAUGGCGCAGAUGAAGGCCAGCGCUGGUUCAAAAACAAUACCUCUGCUUUCAACACCGCAAAGCUUGCUCUUCGUGGACCUUCGCCUCGCACCUGGUGAAAGUAGAAGCUACAGCUAUCGAUUCUCGUUGCCCAGAGGCUUGCCGCCGAGCCACCGAGGAAGGGCAAUCAAGGUUGCGUAUUAUCUGGCACUUAGUGUGCAAAGGCCAGAAGGGCAGCAAGUGAAAAGUGUUGAAGUACCUUUUCGCGUGCUUGGCAGCUACGACAGUCGGGGUGAUCUGCUUGGUCACGACCUGAUGUCGCCCUACGUGCUGUUACGAGAUGCCGCGCAAACGAUGAGCGUGCUGCCUGAUCCCAACACACCAGAUGGGAGGCCGCAGUUUCAAUCUACGAAAGAGCCAAAGAGCAAGAAGAACCCAAAGCAGGGUCUAGAGGACUUUUUACGCUACACGGAGAGGCUACUUGAGCGGGCUGUCGACGAGAACGGCAUACUCCUUUCGCCGACUUCACCUGCGUCUCCAGCAUCACCCAGCCUCUCGAGGCACAGCAACAUGAUCGAGACACCUCCAGCCAAUAUCAGAGAGGCGAUUGAUUUCGCAAUUUUGCGAUCGAAUCUAGUCGACAGCAACGGCAAUCCACGGCAAUCUGGCUCUCAGAGCGCAAAUCGUUUCAACAUUGCUAGAUCAGGCGAGCCUGUCGCGGUCCUGACUAUUCUGCGACCUGCUUACAGGAUCGGCGAAGCUGUGACGGGCACCCUCGAUUUCACUGCACCUUCAACUGCAGCAGACGCCGAACAACAAGCCCCAACCUAUUCAGUCCUCAUCGAGCUCGAAUCAGCCGAGCAUGUUGACCCGUCUCUAGCUCUGCGUAGCGCCAGCUCAAUCAAUCGUGUCACUCGCAGGGUCUAUGCCGCAGCAAGAGAGAACACCAUCUUUGCCAGACAGAUCAGUUUCAAUCUCACGAUCCCACCCAGCGCUGUCCCAACAUUCGAGACUACAGGUGUCAAUCUCAACUGGCGCCUGAAGGUGGAGUUCACCACUCAGCGACAUGUGCAAGGACUUGGUAUUGAAGGCAAUGGUGGUAGCGACGAGGAGCACGAUCUUUUCGAAGAAUUCGGCAGUGAUGAGAGAGGCACGGUAUUUGUUGGUAAAGAGUGGCUGCCAGCUGAUACGUUUGAGAUUGCUGUGCCUUUGAAAGUGUAUGGAUCUGUGGGCAUUGAUAGUAUGAGCGCAGAAAGUGAGCCUCUACUUGUGUAGAUCUAGAAAUCGAAGUAAGCUGUUCGAAAGACACCCUC